GAAUUUCAGUCAAAAAUUCGAACAUUUUCAACUUUUCAGCUUUAUAAUGAAGAAAUUUACGAUCUGUUAAGCCACCAGCGUUCCUCCACUGGUCUUCGAAUUCACGAAGACGCUAAUGGCGAAAUAUUUCUGAAUGGAGUAACACGAAUUACAGUAACGAGUCCAGCACAGACACUGGAAGUGUUAAAGAAUGGUGCAAUAAAUCGUAGAACUGCUGCUACCAAUAUGAAUGAGCAGUCAUCUCGUUCGCAUGCUAUCUUUACAAUGAUAAUCAAACAACAGCGUACAGAUGAGCAGAAUGACGGGUCCGCUCAAUCCGAGGAGCCAGCCGCUACUGAACUUGUAUUUCUAAGUGCCAAAUUUCAUUUUGUUGAUCUCGCCGGAUCGGAACGUUUGAAACGCACUGGCGCUACAGGCGAUCGUGCCAGAGAAGGCAUCAAUAUCAAUUUUGGACUGUUGUCAUUGGGCAAUGUUAUCUGUGCUUUGACGACGCCAACUGCGCCUGACAAAGUGGUACAUGUGCCGUAUCGGGACUCAAAGCUGACCCGUUUGCUUCAGGAUUCAAUUGGCGGAAACAGUCGAACAUUAAUGAUUGCUUGUGUCAGCCCAUCGGACUGUGACUAUGUGGAAACGUUAAAUACUUUAAAGUAUGCAAAUCGGGCGAAAGAUAUCAAAAACAAGGUGGUGGCAAAUCAGGACAAGUCAAGCAAGUUAAUUGGCAGUUUGCGCGCACGCAUAGCUCGCUUGGAAGCAGAACUUUUAGACUUCAAGCAGCUUAUUCCAAAUCAGUGCAUUAUCAACUCGAGCUGCUCGCAAAACUCGAUCGUUACAUGCGAGCUCUGGGCAUUUCCAGAAGAACUGAGAAAAUCAUUGCAGGGACGAAUUACAGUCACCGAUGGUGUCGAAUCAAUCAAUGAUCAGUACAGGGAAAACGUUUUACUGCAGGCAGAUGUAAACCAAUUGCGCAUACGUGUUAAAGCUUUACAAGAAACAAUUGAAAUGCUUAAAGCGCGGAAUGUGCAGUUAAUUGCUGAAAAAAAUGAAAUUUGUCGAGGAAUGAAUAUAAUGCAAGUUCAUGAAAGGACGAAAUCGAACGGUAGGAAUAUUGUCCGAUAA